AUGUCCAGAGACCCAUAUGUUGACGCCAAAAGUGACGUGGAAGCCAGCAUUAGCAAUGUCGGCACUUUGUUAGAGUCCUAUCGGCGCAUACAGGCCACUUCAAACGACUCUCCGAGCUUGAUUGAGGCGAGGGGAGAGCUGCACUCUGCCCUCCAGCUUUUGGAAACGGACUUGGAGGACUUGGACGAGUCGGUCCAUGUUGUUGAACAACAUGGCGACCGUUGGGGUCUUGCACAUGUCGAAGUCGCAGAACGUCGCGAGUUUGUCAACAACGUAUCGUCGGAAGUUGCGACCCUCAUGCGACGCCAAGAUGACACGCUUGGAUUCAUUUCCGGGACGUUAUCGACAUUGGCCUCCCAAGCAGGACUGAUCGGGCACGAAGUUACAGAACACAGCGAGAUGCUAGACGAUCUGUCGACGCGGGUCGACUCUACACAGUCACGAUUGUCACGCACUCUCGCAGCUCGUGGUGCAUCGCUAUCCUCAUCCUGA